AUGAAACACGGCAGAAAAAGAGUAAAAAGAGUAUCAUCUUCACGAAAUAAAAAUUUAGCAAAUAAUACUCAAAAUGAAAAAUUAAAAACUUAUAACAAACAAAGUGAUACAUCAAAUAAUAAAACUAGCGAAAAUGAACCUUUAAUGUAUGAUACACAAUUCGACAAUUAUACUUUUCAAAAAAUAUUAAACAAUAAAUUAGAAUCUGAAAAUGAAUCUUCAUCUAAUGAUAGUUCAAAAACAUCAUAUUCUAAAAAUUUACAAAACAAUAUAUUUGAUUCAACAGCUUCACGAUCAAUUAAUAUUAAAAACACAAUAACAAAUUCAACUGAAAGUACUCUUAAUAAAAUAUUAGAUAUUAUACUUACUAAUCAAACUAAUUUAAAAAUGCUACUACAUUUUUAUGGUGAAAUAGAAUCAAUAAUUCGUUCACAAUCUGAAGAAAUUAAAAAAAUUAAGGAUACAUUAAAUCACUUACAUAAAAUAGAUGAAACGUCAUCUCGAGCUCAAUGGGUUGAGCCUUACUGGAAAUAUAUAAUUAACGAUAUUUUUCCAGAUUUUAAAUAUCCUGAUGAUAAAACAAUCAAAACUGUAGCACUGCAUAUUUUAAGUUCUAAACAACCUGAAUAUCAACCUACUGAAGAUGAUAAAGUUUUUGCGAUUGCCGUGUGUUUUUACAUUCUUGACUCAAAAUAUGAAGACAUGAAAUUAGAUCCUGAAAAG